AUGUUAGAUGAAUCCAGUCGUGGAUUCUUAGAAAAUGCUCGAAAUAGCAUUGAAGACUUAAAUGAGGCCAUAAGUUUUUUCUGCAAAUGUAGGCCUGAGAUUUCAUCUUUUGAAUUCGAGCCAUUGCUCUAUUGUACCCAUGCUUUCCACAGUUGGUGGUCCAAUUACUAUAAUCAUCACGAAAUUUCUGUCGAAGCGUGCAACCAGAAGAUGACUUCUGCUUUUUCUAUGUUUCAGAAAGGGGAUCCAAAGGCCAAGACGAGAGGUUCUUCUUCAACAACCCUUAAAAAGGGUUCUUCAUCUACAUCCCAAGCUGCCUCUGGGGUAUUUAAGGCUAAGGCCAUUCCCAAGACCAAGACUCCUACCAAGCCCCAUAUUUCUAUCGAGAUGGCUGCUUCGACUCCUGUGCAACAGACACCUAAUCAACCUUCAGCUCUAUCAGUGGAGGUUUCGACUGAUGACACUCAAAGUGUCAAUUCACCCCCUAAGGUCCGAAAAGGCCCUAAAAAACGUUUGACUCCAAUCCCUGAGGAGUCUAAAAAAAUCUCGAGAAAAGAACCUGCAGCUACUUCUCAACAAGGGAACGAGGCAGCUUCUUCCUCGAGUUCUGGAUCUUCGAGUUCUUCUUCAGAUACUUCUUCGAGCUCUUCUAGCUCGAGUUCUGAAGACCAAGCUCAAACAGAGCCGGCUCCUGAGGUGCCCCCUAUAUCUCAACAAACAUCGCCUCUGGGUUCUCCCGAGGUUGAUGUUGUUACAUAUCAAUCAGAAGAGGAGGGGCCCUUGCAUGAAGUUGAGGAGAAUGUAGCUGAAGAGGGAAACCAAGUCCCUGAAAACCCCCAAAUUUCUGUCGAAGGUCCUCCCAACAUUGGAGUUGUACCACCAGCAUCAUCCAUUAACUCAGAAAUGAACUUGGAUGAUUUUAACGCUAUGGUGGAGGAAGAUCCAGAGGGGGCCAUCGACAAAAUUUUGGCUAGUACCUUCACCUUUUCUUCUUCGUCUCAUACUCCCUCAGGGUCACACUCAGAAGUCUCCAAGCCCACUGAAUCAACUGAAAAAAUGCUCGAAGAGCUUAGGUCCUUGGUCUUUGAUGCGCCAAUGAUGAAGAACCUUCCAACUGACAAGGACUUGGUUGCCAAGAUCAAAGGCUUACUUUCUUCGUUCAAGGCUCAGCUCUCGACAUUUCCUGAAGGGCUCCAACGUUUUGAGUCUCUUUUCAUCGACUCUUUAGCAAUUAUAGACCAAACUGCUGUGGUUGGUUCUAAACAAGAUCAAGCUCGAGCAAUGUAG